AUCUUAUCUACCCUUUCCCACUUAUCGUCGCUCUCCUGCAAGCCCAUAGCAAAACCCUUGGAGGUUCCGCUUCCCAGCUCCUCGAAGCCCCCUCUCUUUUCGAGGUUGCGAGUCCGUUGAGGUUUCGUCUCACUAGUUUCUUCGGCGAUUUAAUCUCCAGUGGUUAUGGCAGCACAAAUUGCUCGCGAAUGGAGUGGAAUCCAGCAGUUCCCUGUUGCAACGCAGAACAAAUUGCACGAAUUGUUAGGAAAACUAAAGCUAGAGAAUGUAAGCACCUUGACAAUUCUGUUGAUGGGAAAGGGCGGAGUUGGGAAGUCAUCCACUGUGAAUUCAAUCUUAGGGGAGAGGGUGGCGACUGUUAAUGCUUUUCAGUCUGAAGGUUUGAGACCUAUGAUGUGCUCUCGUACUAGGGCAGGUUUUACCUUGAAUAUCAUAGACACUCCAGGGCUUGUUGAAGGUGGAUAUGUAAACGAGCAAGCUAUUGAAAUCAUAAAAAGGUUUCUCUUGAACAAAAUUAUUGAUGUUCUUCUAUAUGUGGAUCGGUUGGAUGCAUAUAGAGUGGAUAGUUUGGAUAAGCAAAUUAUCAAAGCUAUCACUGACACAUUUGGGAAGAGAAUAUGGCAAAGGUCUUUGGUUGUUUUAACUCAUGCACAACUAUCUCCACCUGAUGGCUUGAACUAUGAUGAAUUCUUCAAUAAAAGAUCAGAAACACUUUUGAAAUGCAUUCGCUCGGGUGCUCGAAUUAAUAAACAAGAGUUUGAGGAUUUUCCCAUUCAUGUUGCCCUGGUUGAAAACAGUGGGAGAUGCAAUACCAAUGCUGACGGGGAAAAGAUUCUGCCUGGUGGUACUGCUUGGAUUCCGCAAUUAGUUGAAGUAAUCACCACAGUUAUCGCCAAUGGGAGCAAGCCUAUCAUGGUCGACCAGAAGCUGAUUGAGGGCCCCAACCCAAAUGAGAGGGGAAAGUUCUUCAUACCUCUUAUAUUAGCAUUUCAGUAUUUCUUCAUUAUCAAAGGUAUUCAGCGGGCUAUCAAGAGAGACAUUGAAACGGAAAGUAGGCCGGCUUGGGAGCUUCGUGACAUGGGUUUGGCAGAAGGCAGAUUCUAACUUGAUCAGGGAGGCUCAUCGUCAUUGUGGAUGUUACGGUAGCUUGGCCUCUUGUUCCUUCAUUUCCUUUUGUCUGCUUAAUUGAAACUGCUAAUUCAGCCGGAAUAUUGGAUUCAUUUACUACCUGAGGAUAUGCUCUUGUAUGCACCUUCAAAUUUUCCCGUAUUGUUAAUCAACUUUUCCAUGCUUAGUCUAAGCUGAGCAAUCAUAAUGAUGUGCUGUUUGGUAUUAUUACCUUUAAUGAAUCUUCUCACAUACUACUUAGUGUAAA